AUGUUGAAAGGCUUAACAUGGCAAACGCUUAAAGCAAAUUAUUCGUUAGUUCCACUUUUUUCUGUGGUAGCACUUGGUGUGGUUAUGGCAGCCGGACAUUCAGUUCGCAGUUUAAUAUAUUCAUCUGAUGUUAAAUGCAACAGACGUAAUCAAGAUCGUCCAUGGGAAACUCAAGUGAACGAUGAUGGUUCAUUUAACCGCGCAAAAUACCUUCACCUCAACGAUUAUACCAAAAUGAAAAAAAGUGAAUAUGAACCAGAUCUCGAAAAAUAA